AUGCCGCCGUUUAAGCAUGUCGUGGGACCGUCAGAUGCGGUGAAGGCGGGGCUUAAAUCUCCCCCGUCUUCGUUCACCUACCUGAGUCCCUCCGAGGCGGAAUGGCGGCUGAUGCUGACGGAGAUCGGCGUAAAGCCACGUAAGAUUUCCCGCAUUCUGUCUCAGUACCACGCAAUGCCUGCUGACGUGGCAAUGGAAAGACUGGUAUUUCUCCAGAGUUUGGGGGUAGAUAUUGGAAAGGCCCUUUCCUCCUUUCCCAAACUCUUAUUCUACCCACCUUCAACUGCCCGAGCCAUGGCCGAUUACCUCACCUCCGUUGGCGUCCAACCGGGCUUGAUUGGGAAAGUUUUGUCUGCCUGCCCGCAGCUCCUCGGGCUAAGCAUUGAAGACAAUAUCUGCCCAACGAUUUCCCACCUGGUGGAAGAAUGGGGACUCGACCAAUCACGCGACAUCCCUGUGGUGAUCUCACGCCACCCACGCUGCCUAACCUACUCCAUCUCUGAAAACCUUCAACCAACCCUAACCUUCUGGAUUGGUUCGGGAAUUGACAAGCCUGCAAAACUCAUCCGAGCCAACCCAUCGAUCCUUGGACUUUCCACUACCAAACGGAUUCUUCCCACGAUCGCUGCAUUUGACAGUUAUGGCAUCCCACCGCACCUCACCAUUGAUAUGGUUCAGAAAUUUCCUCAUCUCUUCAAUUACAGCUGGAAUACUAACUUAAUGCCAAAGCUACAGUAUCUGGAAGAAGUGGGGAGGGGUAUUGACGAGGCGGUUCAGCACCCACAGUACUUCGGGUACAGUUUAACUCGGCGGAUUCGGCCAAGGCUCGGCGGUGUGGCUCGGGCCGGACUGCAUGUGAGCCUGAGCUUUGUGUUGCGGCUGAAGGACGCGGAGUUUGAGAGGCUUUAUGGUGACGUGUGUAGGGUGGAAGGAGAGGGAGGAGAUGAAAGAGAUGCACACGAGCAAGGUUGA